UCAGCCAUUGCGAUUCAAGAACACCCCGCCGCAUUCAGUUGCUCCCGUCAUUCUCCCACCAUCAUCAUCUCUCUUCAGUCAAUUCCAAUUCGAAUCGUCAACGGCCGUCGCCGUUGCUCCCGCAAUUCCCUAAUGAAUACCCACGCGCAAACCGUCUCAUGGUACGACACCAUGAUGACCUACUCAUUACUACACUCCGACUACCCUACCAUUGUCAGAUACAUCUCGGGCGCCUUUAUCGCGCUGGGAUUUUGCUUCUUUGGCCCCAUUCUCCUCCUGAUCGGUGUAGACAUCGCCAUCUACAUCUACAGGAUAUGUUGGAGCCGUCCGUGGAAUCAAAAUCAAAAUGAGACGUCUUCGCGUGAGCCGAGGCACCUGUCGCGACAGCAAAAGGCACAACCACCGCCACCGUCACUGGAAGCCUCGGGUGGGACGACAGCUGUCCCUUCGACGGUGGCAGAUUCAGCGCGAAGGCGCAUACAACAUCCGAGCGAGUCCGGGGCCGGGCACAGCUCAUUUUCUGGGUAGAGCGAAUGCGAGGUUGUGACGAAGGGGCUGUGCUUUGAAGGCA